CAGUCUAAAAUUUGUCCUUUUUCUCUUUUUCCUCCAGCUGAUAUUAUUUCUACAGUUGAGUUCAACCACACUGGAGAACUGCUGGCUACUGGUGACAAGGGGGGUCGGGUUGUUAUAUUCCAAAGGGAACCUGAGAGUAAAAAUGAGCCUUACAAUCAGGGGGAGUACAAUGUUUACAGCACUUUCCAGAGCCAUGAACCUGAAUUUGAUUAUUUGAAGAGUUUGGAGAUAGAAGAAAAAAUAAACAAGAUCAAGUGGUUACCACAGCAAAAUGCAGCUCACUCACUUUUAUCAACAAAUGAUAAAACAAUCAAGUUAUGGAAAAUUACUGAAAGAGAUAAGAGACCAGAGGGGUACAACUUAAAAGAUGAAGAAGGAAAACUUAAAGAUCUUUCUACAGUAACAUCACUGCAGGUGCCUGUAUUGAAGCCUAUGGAUUUGAUGGUAGAAGUCACUCCCCGGAGAAUCUUUGCUAAUGGUCACACCUAUCAUGUCAACUCAAUAUCCGUCAACAGUGACUGUGAGACAUACAUGUCAGCGGAUGAUCUCAGGAUUAACCUCUGGCAUUUAGCAAUCACAGAUAGGAGCUUCAACAUUGUAGAUAUAAAGCCAGCCAAUAUGGAGGACCUGACGGAAGUGAUUACAGCAUCUGAGUUUCAUCCCCAUCACUGCAAUCUCUUUGUCUACAGCAGCAGCAAAGGAUCCCUGAGACUCUGCGACAUGAGGGCAUCAGCUCUCUGUGACAAACAUUCCAAGCGUAAGUCCCUGCUUCACUGA